GUUAUGUUGUAGUACCUCUUUGUCAAUAAAGAUAAUUCAAAAUCACGCGCAUGCGUGUUGAGAACCCAUUCAAUCUUCAGCGGCGUGAGCACAACGUCGAGGUGGGGCUUGGCUGGGGUCUCUACAGUGUUUACUUUGCCCACUGUUUGAGUACUUCGAGUAUUUGACAACCCUGCAAAGAUGGAUUUCCAGCACCGAGCCGGGGGCAAGACGGGGAGUGGUGGGGUCGCCUCCACCUCUGAAAGCAACCGAGAUAGGCGAGAACGGCUGCGCCAGUUGGCUCUGGAGACCAUUGACAUCAACAAAGAUCCAUAUUUUAUGAAAAAUCACUUGGGCUCAUACGAGUGCAAACUUUGUCUAACUCUUCACAAUAAUGAGGGCAGCUAUUUAGCUCACACUCAAGGAAAGAAACAUCAGACCAACUUGGCAAGAAGGGCGGCUAAAGAGGCAAAAGAAGCUCCUGCUCAGCCAGCUCCGGAGAAGGUGAAAGUUGAGGUUAAGAAGUUUGUUAAGAUUGGACGACCUGGAUACAAAGUCACCAAACAGAGAGAUCCAGAGAGUGCUCAGCAGUCCCUGCUCUUCCAGAUCGACUACCCGGAGAUAGCUGAAGGGAUCGGACCCAGACAUCGCUUCAUGUCUGCUUAUGAACAGAGAAUCGAGCCGCCAGAUCGCCGCUGGCAGUACCUCCUUCUUGCUGCAGAGCCAUAUGAAACCAUCGCCUUCAAGGUUCCCAGCAGAGAAAUUGAUAAGGCAGAGAACCGCUUCUGGACCCAUUGGAACAAAGAAACCAAACAGUUCUUCUUACAAUUCCAUUUCAAAAUGGAGAAAUCCAUCUCUCAGUCCAGUGGGCCGGUGCCCCCAGCAAACAUUAAACGGCCUCCUCCGCUCAUGAGUGGGAUGGGCCCUCGUCCGCCAAACGAGCCUAUGCCGCCACCCCCGCCAGGGGGGAUGUCUCAUCCUCCUCUCCCUCCCGGUGCUCCAGGCGGUCCCCAGAUGCCCCCCCAGAUGCCCCCCCAGAUGCCCAUGCCUCCCAUGCCAAUGAGGCCCCCUCCCCCAGACGGUCUCUCCAUGGCUAACUGACGGAGCGGUUGACUUGUUAGGAUUGUGAUAGCCCCCCUCGUUUGACGUUGCCAUUCCCUGCUGUCUUGGUUCGGAAGUUCGAUACUUUAUUGGAGAAAUUUGAGUUCUUAAGAUUAUAUUCGAGCUCUACCACCUUUGUGGUAGAAGUCUUUGACGGUAAUGUGAUGGCGACAGUAUCAAUGUUUGGUCCGAAUGUGGACGCUCUGGUUUAAGGGCCAGCCCUUUCGAUUUAACAUGCUUUUUAAUGUUUUCGUAAUAAAAUAUUUUAAAACAAAG